AUCUGGAGGGAUAAGUGCAUUCAGAUAUUGUCUCAUAAUGGCAGAAAGUUCAGACAUGGAGCAGCUCCUCACGGCGUUCAGAAAGUUUUCUGUUUACGGAGACUCGAAGUCAACCGGAAAGGAGCUGAACGGGAAGACCUGGGCAAAACUCUGCAAAGACUGCAAGAUUAUCGAUGGCAAGAACGUCACCAGUACUGAUGUGGACAUUGUCUUCUCUAAAGUGAAACAGAGGACAGCCCGGGUUAUCACCUAUGAGGAGUUUCAGCGAGCGCUUGAAGAACUAGCUCCAAAGAGGUUUAAAGGUCAAAGUAAAGAGGAGGCACUGCAGUCCAUCCACAAGCUGGUGGAGGGUCGAGAACCCACCAAUGUUGGAGUGACGAAAGUGGCGAAGGCCCCGACGGUGGACCGUCUGACUGACACGUCCCGUUACACCGGAUCCCACAAGGAACGCUUUGAUGAAAGCGGCCGGGGAAAAGGUCGCGAAGGCCGAGAAGAGAUCGUGGAGAAAACGGGCUACGUGAACGCCUACAAGAACGCCGGUACAUAUGACACCAAAGCGAAGACUGAGAAGUAAGGGGACAUCCCCUGCUGGAAGCUCAGAGGAAGUGCAGUUCUCCUGCAUUGGCACUUCGAUUGGACCAAAGCCUGAACUGUGAUCAUGUGUGUGUUUCAGUUUAUGAGCUGCACUCAGAUCAGAUUCUCUGUAAACACAUGAAUAAAGAGCAGCGCCCCCCUAUGGCUGGAGCAGUUAUCACAUAAGUGGACUUUUUCAUUUGAAAGUAUCUUGUCAGAAAAAGCUUGAAAGUUUCUUAAAUCUGCCCAAAGUCGUUGUUUUUUGUGUUUUCUUCAACCAUUUUCUGCCAUGUAAAGCAUUUUGUAUGGCACCACCUGCUGAUGGAAACAAGUAUUUUGGACAAAGUACAAUCAAAAAUAUAUUUAGUGCUUCAAGGUUAUUGUUUAAAAAUGAUUCCAGAUGUUGUGGGUGUCUUUAGCUUCUUCCUGUAAUAAAGCUGCCUAAUCACUCUAA